AAGUCAUUGAUGAGGUCAAUAUCAGAAGUCCUGAGCAAUGUUAUUUCCCAACAGAUCACCAAAUUAUUGACUUUAGUAUCAGACUGAACUUUCAACGAACCAAGUCGGCAGUGCGUCAGAUUUACAACUUCAAGGAAGCCGAUUUUGAAGGUCUCAAUAAUACGCUGAGUCAGAUAACAUUUGAUGUUAACACUACCAACGAUAUCGAUAAACUUUGGUCUUGCUGGAAAAAGUCGUUCCUUGAUGCAGUAAAUAACCACAUCCCAACCAAAACAAUAAAGGAUAGCAACUCUCUUCCUUGGGUAGAUAAAGAAGUUCGUCAUCUCAUUCGAAAGAAAUACUCAGCAUUAAAAAGAUACCGCCAAAACAAGUGUGAAACAAGAAAACAAAAGCUAAGAAGCUUAAGUGACGCCGUCAAGUCGCUGGUUAAAAAGAAGCAUUGGGAAUAUCUAAGGAAAAUCGAAACAUCAUUUGCAACUAAUCCAAAACUUUUCUGGACUUACCACAAAGCAAUUUUGCAUAGCAGAUCAAAACAGACUUCUGACAUUGUCUUCAACAGCAUUACAGCAAAGUCUUCUGCAGAAAAAGCCAACCUUCUGAAUUCUUACUUCUCCUCAGUAUUUACAACAUCCAGUACUGACAUUGGGGAUUGUGAUGGUGAGGUGUCUGAAACUGAGUUGGGAUUGGGUGAAUUAACAAUUGAUGUGGUUGAAGUGGAAAAUUACCUCAGAAAUUUAGACAUCACCAAAGCGAGUGGCCCUGACAAGAUACCAGCACGUCUACUAAAAGAAUGUGGUCGGCACAUUGCGCCUAGUAUCUGUGAAUUAUUUAACGUAUCCUUGCGUGUUGGACGACUUCCGGUAGAGUGGAAAUCAGCGAACGUGACACCAGUUCACAAGAAACACCCACUACCAGCAGAGAACUACCGACCGAUAUCCCUUUUGCCUAUCAUUGCAAAACUAUUGGAACGUUGCGUAUGUAGGAGACUAUACGAACACAUAAUUAGCGCUAUCUCCUUAGGACAACACGGUUUCCUACGCAAUCGAUCAUGCACUACACAACUGCUGCAAGUUUUGCAUAAGAUUGGAGAAAACCUUGACAGUAAUAUUCAAACAGACAUUGUCUACUUGGAUUUUGCCAAAGCGUUUGACUCUGUCGAUCACAGUUUAAUCUUGGCAAAACUCAGGCAAUUCGGUGUACAUUCAAACAUGCUAAAUUGGUUCACUAACUACUUAACUGGUCGGACCCAAAGAGUUGUCGUUGAUGGUGUUGCUUCAGGUUGGUCCUCAGUAACAUCUGGUGUACCACAAGGUAGCAUACUUGGUCCAAUGUUGUUUGUAUUAUUCAUCAAUGAUUUACCCGACAUCAUUCUCGAAAAAUCAGAAACUGCUUUGUACGCUGACACAAAAACAUUCAGGAAAAUUACUUGCGAAGAUGAUGCUCGCCAAUCACAACAAACCUUGACAAACCUAGCCACCUGGAGCAAUACCAACAAUAUGAGGUUCAACGAGUUAAAAUGUAAAGUGUUGACUGUGUCGCGAAAGAAACAACCUGUGGACUUCACAUACCACCGACUGGGCUCAACCACUCUUACUCAUGUUGAAAAAGAGAAAGAUCUUGGGGUUACAAUGACUGGAAACCUUUCAUGGGAUUCUCAUAUCCAUGAGAUCACAGCUAAAGCCAACAAGCUGCUCAGUCUAUUGAAGAGAACAUGCCCAUUCCUGACUGACGCCAGCGUCCGACGUACUUUGUACCUUUCGUUGGUAAAAUCCAAUCUAUGUUAUGCCUGUGAAGUUUGGUCCCCAUACAUCUGGUCACAGAAGACAAAGAUAGAGCGUGUGCAGAGACGUGCCACUAGAUGGAUAUUGAAAGCUAGAAAGG